CAGAAUACUAAUCAUCAACAACGCAAUACAUCCAUCUGUCUUCAUCUCCAAACUCUGAAUAUCGCUUUUGCUAUCUGAAUGGCGCCCAGAGAGGGCUCAAAUGAGCCAUCAGGUACCCCAGUGCCGUUAGAAAAAGGCUUUGCAACCUUAGCGACGCUUAGGACUGGAGUCAAAGCUUGGGUUCACAAAGAUGGAGAAUAUCGCAAAGCAGAAAUUCUGGCAAUACAACCAAAGAAAGGAACGAAUACGUACUAUGUCCAUUACGAAGAGUUUAAUAAACGUCUCGAUGAAUGGGUGCGCCCUGAUCGGAUAGAUCUGACUCGCGAAGUGGAAUGGCCAGCUCCUGAGAAGCCUGACAAGAAGAAGACUCAAGGCGCACCACCGAAAGCUCAACAGCCUCAAUCUAAAUCCGAUGCCGCCUCCAAAAACCAGAAGAAGACGCUCAAAAGACCACGCUCCUCGCAAGGUGGAACCCCAGAAGUGUUGACUGAUGCCGGGAAUAGCAAGUCCUCACGCCCAUCACGUGCAUCUGGCAAAGAGAAUAAGGAGGUCACAAUUCUUGCCCCUGAAAUUACCGACCUCGCCACUCCGAAGGUGGAAGACGAGGAGAUCGAUCUAGUAGAUGUGCAGGACGCUGCCGCUGCUGCGAAGGCCGCACCCCCUGAAGAAUAUUCGCGCGAGGAGGAAAUUGAAAAGCUGCGCACCUCAGGCUCGCUCACCCAGAAUCAGACCGAGAUCUCGCGUGUACGUAAUCUUGAAAAAAUCCAAAUGGGAAAGCAUGAGAUUGAGCCAUGGUACUUCAGUCCGUACCCAGUCGAAUUCGCAGAGGAGGAUAUGGUGUAUAUCUGCGAGUUUUGCCUAGGAUACUACGCCGACGUGACGCAGUUUGAACGGCAUCGUGAGAAAUGUACUUUGCAACACCCACCCGGCAACGAGAUCUACCGCGAUGAUUUCGUUUCGUUCUUCGAAAUUGAUGGCCGGCGACAAAGAACAUGGUGUCGCAAUUUGUGUCUCUUAUCAAAGCUGUUCCUGGAUCACAAGACGCUGUACUACGACGUCGACCCGUUUCUGUUCUACUGCAUGUGCAUCCGCUCAGAACAUGGCUGCCACUUUGUCGGUUACUUCUCCAAAGAAAAGGAGUCCGCGGAAGGUUACAACGUUGCAUGUAUCCUGACCCUCCCUCAGUACCAACGCGCCGGAUUCGGAAGACUGCUCAUCCAAUUCAGCUACGAGCUCAGCAAGCGCGAAGGUAAACUUGGUAGUCCCGAGAAGCCCCUGAGUGAUUUAGGUCUUCUAGGCUAUCGAGCUUACUGGCAGGAAACAAUUGUCGACCUCCUAAUGGACGGACGCACCGACGCGAAUGUUGAAGAGCUUGGUGCCAUCACUGCGAUGACGACUAACGAUGUACUGCACACCCUCCAGAACCUUAACAUGCUACGUUAUUCGAAGAACCAACAUGUCAUCGUUCUGACGGACGCGGUUAUUGAGCAACGUGAGCGGCAGAAGGAGAAGGAGAAGCUGAGAGGCAAGAGAGUCAUUGAUCCAGAGCGAUUGCAGUGGAAACCGCCAGUAUUCACUGCAAGCAGCCGGACGUGGAAUUGGUGAUUUCAUCUCAAUCUGUUUUAUCGUUUAGCAUGGCGCCGUGGCUGGCAUGAUUCUGGAGUUCUUGCGUGGUGUCAGGACAGAAAUGGUCUUUGGGUGGCUGUGAUGCAUGGUUGAAGGUUCUACGUUACGUAUGGGGUAUGUUUUGAUAUAUUGCUCUAUUCAAGAGGCUUAUGUUCUCUGACUUCUCACAAGAAGUAGUCCGCAACUGGCUUCUUAGCCGGCAUCCCCCUGGAAUCUUGCGGUGCUGCUUCAAAUACCCUAUAUCUGCGCCCGGGACCUUCUCUAUUCCUUUCAUUC